AUGUCGCCGUAUAGGUUGGUAUUUGGUAAGGCCUACCGUCUUCCAAUUGAAUUAGAGAAUAGAGCAUAUUGGGUUGUCAAGCAUUGCAAUAUGAAGCUGGAUGAGAGUGGCGGACAUAGGAAAUUACAGUUGCAAGAAUUAAAAGAAAUUCACAAUGACGCGUACGAGAGUAAAUUACGUUCUCGUUGGAUUGGGCCGUUUAUUGUUACUAACGUUUUUCCUCAUGGUGUAGUAGAGAUUCAGAGCUUAAUAACAUCAAAAGUAUUUCAAGUUAAUGGUCACAGACUCAAACCAUUUUACGAAGGAGUACCAACUGAAAACGUCGAAGAAGUGGAGCUGAAAGAUCCCGUCUAUAUGGAUAAAUAG